AUGGAAACCUUCGAUGCGAUUCAGCUGCCCUACCCCGGGGUAGUCGGCGCAAGCUUGCUCGUCAUCCUGGGAAUCAUAUUAUUGUUUCCCUUGGACACAGGCAACUUCAUAAUCAUCAACCAACACCCAUGGGACUUUUUUCAGACAAAGGCCAAGCAAGAGUUUGAAUAUAAUGCAACUGCUCUACUCAACGAGGGCCUCCAAACGGGCCGCUCGGCGUUCCGGCUGGUGACCAACAUGGUCACCUAUUUGAUCCUGAAAGACCAGUAUGCGGAGGAAAUCAAGAAUGAUAGUCGGUUUGGCGCUCAUGAAGCAGUCGAUCCUGUAUUGCUUGUGGACCUGCCUGGCUUUGAGACCAUGUUCCAAGGAUCGCUGCAUAAUCAAGUGCCUCCCAUGGCGGUUCGUGCGUUAAACAAGGAGCUUGUAAACUUGACACCCUUCCUCUCCGAGGAAGCUAUGAACUGUCUGCAAACCAGGUGGACGGACUCGGCUGAGUGGCAUGACGUCUCAAUCCCGGAAACAGUACUGGCCUUGAUUGCCCAAAUGACAACAAGAGCACUGCUGGGCCCUGAGCUCUGCCGCAACCCCGAAUGGCUUGAUAUUGCGAAAUCCUUCACAACGAAUCGAGCUAUUGCCGUCGCCGCCAUCCAGUCCUGGCCACGUUUUCUUCAACCCGUGAUUCAUUGGUUCCUGUCCCCCUGUCGGGCUCUUCGCCGUCAAAUCCAAUGCGCCCGGAAUAUCCUCCUUCCGGUCCUCGAGCGUGAACGGCGCGCGUAUCGCAGUGAUCAGCCAACGAAGCGGGAAUUCUCGAACUUGGCGUUCAUCGACCGGUAUGCCAAGGGAGCUCGCUAUGAUGCUACCAUGGCGCAGCUGCGAAUCAUCGCCGUUGCUUUCCAGACUACGAGUGAUUUGGUCGAAAAGGUGAUAGCACGACUUUGCAAGCACCCAGAGCUCAUUCAGCCCUUGCGCGAGGAGGUGGUUGCGGUAUUUGGGAAAAAUGGCUUGCACAGCCACUCAUUACGCAAACUCACGUUAAUGGAGAGUGUGAUGAAGGAGACCCAGCGGCUUGAACCUGCUGUUAUCAUCGGCAUGUUCCGCCUCGCCAAAGAAAGAGUGACCUUGAAGGAUGGCACUGUCGUUCCCAAGGGUACCAAUAUCGCCUUUGCGAAUGAUCUCCGCUUCGACCCGGAAAUGUACCCGGAGCCGGAAACCUUCGACGGCUACCGGUUUCAGCGGAUGAGAGAGGAUCCUGAGAAGAUUGACCUUACGCCGUUCACCAAGACCAGGAUGAGCCAUCUCGCUUUUGGCCACGGCAAGCACGCAUGCCCGGGCCGCUUUCUCGCCUGCGAUGAAGCGAAACUGAUUUUGUGUCAUAUUCUCCUCAAUUACGAGAUUCGGGCUGUGGAGGGAUCUCCUCCGGAACUGCGUGCACGUGGGAUGUUUGUUCAGCUGGAUCCUGGGGCAAUGAUGUCGGUGAAAAGGCGGGAGAACGAAAGAACACUUCAUGGAUAG